AUGUCUCUGAACAAAGUGUGGGAGGCCGCUUCCGCAAGCCCUUACUCUCCCCUGAUCUCCAAGGAUCACCAAUUCUCCGUCGGCUUCACUCUCUUGUUGUCCGCGUACGAAUCACUGACCGUGCUGGUAGCCUUUAUCCUGACCGGUCUCUUUGGUCUGAACCGUUCCUUCGCCAGUAUCGCGUCAUUCGGUGUUCCUGCGUCAUUGGCAUUUGGGGCCAUGGCAAACGGGGAGCCUAUCUUCUCAGCUGUCUCUGGCAACGCCCACCACCUCUACACUUCGCUACAGUGCAUCGGCUUCGCACCAAGGGCUACCGUUCAAAUUACCCCCGACGGCAUCCGUUUCUCCGUGGAGGAAAGCCGAGUGAUACAGGGACUCGCGUUCCUCGACAAAGCGCUCUUCACGAGCUACACCUUCAACCCGCCAACUGCCCUGCCAAACGACACAGAAGGCGACGACCAUGACGAUUCAGAGAGCACAUACCAUCCUUGUUUUGAGAUCUCCCUAUCGGCCCUCCUGGAAACCUUGAAAAUCUUCGGCGCGAACGAUCCAUCUUCCUCCGCGCCUGGCUCCAACCGCGCCACAAGUGUCCAACCGUCGAACCCCGCCACAUCCAGUGCCUUCACUGCGCCGACCUUACUCCUCGAUCGCUCCUGCACACUGCAAUACUUCCAGGAUGGCUCUCCGCUCAACAUCACGCUGUCCGAGACGGGCAUCAAGACGACCUGCGAGUUAACCACCUAUGAACCCGAAGUCAGCGGCAGCGACAUGGACAUUCCGCUCCAGCGUGACGCCAUCAUCAUGAAGAUUAUCAUGCGGUCCGCCUGGCUCCAUAACGCCAUCGCCGAGCUAGGCGCCACGAACCCCACUGUCUUGAAAAUCUCCGCGUCAGCGCUGGAAGAGCCAUUCUUGGCCCUGUCCGGCUCGGGCGGACCGUUCAGCGAGUCCACCGUGGAGUUCUCUGUCGAACAGCAGAACGCCAACGGCGGUAGUGGCCCACGUCCCUACCACAAGGUUCUGGCGGAUGAUGGAUCGUCUAGAGCCCGCGCAAAACGGGCCAAGCUGGCGCCAACCGUCACCGAGACGUUCCUCGUCAGUCCGCCGUCCUCGAUGGGCUCGCGCAUCACCCAGAACUACCGAUUUUCGCUCAUUCAGAAAGCGUCCCGUGCGAUGGCGGCUGCCAGUAAAGUUAGCAUCCGGGGUGAUCGUCAGGGGGUUUUGAGUCUUCAGUUCAUGAUUGACUUCGACAAUAAUACCGGAGCUUCUGGUAAUACGAGACUAACUGGCGGCGCGAGCAUCGGCUCUGCGGUGACUUUUGUGGAUUUCCGUUUUGUACCAUUACUAGAUGAAGAUGAGGGUGAGGGUGCAGACAAUGAGCUUCGCUGA